AUCCAGGAUCUGGCCAUCCGCUGCAUCCAGAAGAACAUAAAGAAGAAUCGUGGUGUCAAAGGUUGGCCAUGGUGGAAGCUCUUCACCACCGUCAGACCUCUUAUAGAGGUGCAGCUCACUGAGGAACAGAUCCGUGGCAAGGAUGAAGAGAUCCAGCAGCUCAAACAGAAGCUGGAGAAAGUAGAGAAAGAGAGGAAUGAGCUGAGACUGAACAGCGACCGUCUUGAGAGCCGGAUCACAGAGCUGUCAUCAGAGCUGGCUGAUGAGCGGAACACUGGAGAAUCAGCCUCUCAGCUGCUGGAGACAGAAACUUCUGAGAGACUCCGACUGGAGAAGGACAUGAAGGAUCUGCAGGCCAAGUUUGACAGCAUGAAGAAACAGAUGGAGUGCAUGGAGAUGGAGGUGAUGGAGGCGCGACUCAUCAGGGCUUCUGAACUCAACGGCGAGAUGGACGAUGACGACACAGGAGGAGAGUGGAGGCUGAAGUAUGAACGAGCCAUCAGGGAGAUUGAGUUCACCAAGAAAAGGCUGCAGCAGGAGUUUGAUGACAAGCUGGAGGUGGAGCAGCAGAACAAACGGCAGCUGGAUAGAAGGAUAACCGACCUGCAGGCUGACAACGAGGAAUCCCAGCGAAACAUCCAGCAGCUGAAGAAGAAAACACAACGGCUGACGUCUGAACUGCAGGACACUAAACUUCACUUGGAGGGUCAACAAAGUCGCAACCACGACCUGGAAAAGAAGCAGAGGAAGUUUGACAGUGAGCUGAGUGCAGCCCAGGAGGAGGUGCAGAGGGAGAAGAACCUGAGGGAGAAACUGGCCCGAGAGAAAGACAUGCUGACUGGAGAGACCUUCAGUCUCCGACAGCAGCUGGAGGAUAAAGACCUGGAGGUGUGUGCAGUCAACCUGAAGGUGGACCAGCUGGAGGCUGAGCUGCUGGACCUCAACUCCCAGGAAUCCAAGGAUGAGGCAUCGCUGGCCAAGGUAAGAAAGCAGCUUCGGGACAUGGAGGCCAAGGUGAAGGACCAGGAGGAGGAGCUGGAUGAACAGGCUGGCACCAUCCAGAUGUUGGAACAGGCCAAGCUGCGUCUGGAGAUGGAGAUGGAGCGUUUGCGUCAAACCCAUUCCAAGGAGAUCGAGAGCAAAGAUGACGAGGUGGAGGAGAUCAGACAGUCCUGCAACAAGAAGCUGAAGCAGAUGGAAGUCCAGCUCGAAGAAGAGUAUGAUGAGAAGCAGAAGGUGCUGAAAGAGAAGAGAGAGCUGGAGUCAAAGCUUUUGUCAGCACAGGACAAGGUGAGAGGUGGUGACAUUGAGACAGAGAAACGCUUGAGGAAGGACCUGAAGAGAACCAAGGCUCUGUUGGCUGAUGCCCAGAUCAUGUUGGACCACAUAAAGAACAACGCACCCAGCAAGAGAGAGAUCGCCCAGCUCAAAAACCAGCUGGAGGAGUCUGAAUUCACCUGCGCAGCUGCAGUUAAGGCUCGCAAGUCCAUGGAGGUGGAGAUUGAAGACCUGCAUGUUCAGAUGGAGGACAUCUCCAAAACCAAACAGGCGCUGGAGGAGCAGCUAAGUCGUCUCCAAAGAGAGAAGAAUGACUUACAGUCCAGGAUGGAGGAGGACCAGGAGGACCUAAAUGAGCUGAUGAAGAAACACAAGGCUGCUGUGGCACAGUCCGCCCAGAACCUGGCUCAGAUCACUGACCUACAGGCCCAGCUGGAGGAGGCUCUCAAGGGGAAGCAGGAGAUUCAGGAGAAGAUGCAAGCCCUCCAGAGCCAGCUGGAGUUCCAGGAGCAGUCCAUGGUGGAGAAAUCCCUUGUCAGCCGACAGGAGGCCAAGAUCCGCGAGCUAGAGACCAAACUGGAGUUUGAGAAGACCCAGGUCAAACGCCUGGAGAGCCUUGUAGCUCGUCUAAAGGAGAACCUGGAGAAGCUGACAGAGGAACGAGACCAGCGCAGCAGCAGUGAAAAUCGAGAGAAAGAACAGAACAAACGUCUGCAGAGACAGAUCCGCGACGUCAAAGAGGAGAUGGGUGAACUGGCCAAAAAAGAAGCCGAGGCCAGUCGCAAAAAACACGAACUGGAAAUGGACAUUGAGAGCCUAGAGGCUGCUAAUCAGAGCCUGCAGGCAGACCUCAAGCUGGCCUUCAAAAGGAUCGGUGACCUCCAGGCAGCCAUCGAGGACGAGAUGGAGAGUGACGACAAUGAAGACCUUAUCAACAGUCAGGGGGAUUCAGAAACAGACUCUGAGGUGGAGGAUCGUGUGGAUGGGGUAAAGUCUUGGUUGUCCAAGAGCAAAGGUUCCGCCAAGAACCUUUCUGAUGACGGCAGCCUCAAGAGCUCCAGAUAUGCUGUAAAUGUUGAUGCAAAGGAAGGGAAAGAGUGGAAAGAGGGUAAGGAAUGGAAAGAGGCAAAUAAAGAGGGCAAAGAAGUAGAAACAAACAGGUCAGUGUCAGUGAUGAGCUCCCUAAGCUACAGAAAACGAUCCAACCUCGAUUCUAUUGCUGGCAAAGGAGAUGCCCUUUUCAGUGCUCUUAAGGAGAAUGCGGAUUCAGAGGAUGCUCUGUCCUUCCAUAAGCCCAAGUCCAAAACCUCAGAUGUUCACGAUGACACCUACUCAGUCAGCUCUAGAAGGAAGUCUCAGGCAUUGGAUGACAUGAACGGCAGAGAUUCCACCAUUUCCCAAGCUUAUUCAGAGGCCAAUAGCCGAGCGAGGAAAGGAAUGGACAGCCGCUGGGAUGACUUUGACAAAGAAUCAACCUUUUCAUUCACUGCACCGAGUCGGGCCUCCACACGUCUUGAGUUAAGUCCGGAGCAUGAUUCCAAGUCUACUAUCAGCUUAGGCCGUUCAAGCCCACUUGGACGGCAUCGAAGUGCCGCGUACUUAGAUGAGGGCAGAGGCGGGCGAUCACUGUAUGGCAGCAAUCCCAACAGCCCUUGCUUCAGUAGACGGUCUGGGGGUCGCAGUCCUGGAAGUGUUAGCCGAGCCGAUUCCCAUAUGUCACUGGCACGCAGCUGUCGUCUCAGUGAGUUUGACGUUGAUGUUGAUGAUAGUCGAAGUGUAGCCUUCACUGAGAGGUCGGCGUUUAGUCCUCACUCAUCCACUGGCCGCAGUAUCUCCAUGCCACCCCCGCAAGCCAGAUCCACUUUUGAUAACGACCCACUUGAUAACUCGGAAAUCAAAACAGUCAGUCAUCGCAACUACCUCGACCCUGACCUGGAGAAAGCUAUCAAUGAAGUGCUGAGUUUCAAGCCUAUCAAAUUCAAACGCAGGAGCUUGGAAGAUUCUGAGGGUGAUGAAGAAAAAUCCAGGAAUAAUGACGAUGAUAGCAAAAGUGUGCGGAACGGAGACAGUAGUCGGUCCACAAGCAGUCUGAGACGCUCUGCAUCUGCUGUGGACUGCAUGAGAUCAUCACGCAGUGCCAGCAGCUGCAGCAGUCGCCAUCGCAGCAAGAGUAAAGGUAAAAGCAAGAAAAAUAAAAGAAGCCAUAGCUCCGAGUCCGACAGCUCAGGAGACAGGAGUCGUCGUCACAAGAGCGACUCCAAGAAGAGGUCCAAAAAGUCCAAGAAAAAGUCCAAAAAGAAGGAUGAAUCUUCGUCUUCUUCCUCAUCUUCUUCAUCUUCAGAUUCUGAGUCAGACUCAUCGGACUCAAGCUCAGGUGCUUCCACGAUCUCCUAUCGAAGUUCCAACAGUGUGAAGAGGGCCCCGAGUCGAAAGGUGUCCAGCCCUGAAGGGGAGGAAGAAGCUGCGCCCCAGAGCAACAGCCAACCCCUUAACAAAAAGGAUGACAAGAAGAGGAAGAAGAAGGUGGACAGCCUGAUGAUGAAGUACUUGUACCGGCCGGACAGUGACUGAUGCAGGGAGUAGCCCCCCUAGCCGAAGACGCUACUGCUUUGAUAGAUCUGAUGAAGAAGAGGAGGAAGAAGAAAAAGAGGAGGGCGGGGCGACCGAGGG